CUUAAUGCCACGAAGCGCGCUUUUGACCUGAAACCUCGACAGUUCCCGCCCCUAAAGUUGCUGCUCGACCCGCUCCAGAUUCCAGCACCGUCCUCUCUUGUGUUUUUUUCUUAAAUCACACUGCACGCUCGCAAGUUGUUGAAAGGUUAUUAAGCACGAACAGAAUUGUCGCCAAAACAUACUUGAACUUUGCAAUUCCGCUGAGCCGCCGGCAGGAGGCAGACGAGUUCCCCAAUUUCCUUACCUAUUAACUCUUGCCUGUGGCUGCUUUCAUUCAAACCUCGCCAAAUCCUACACACAGCGCACAAUUUUGCCACCGAUAUCGCAGGCUCCAAUUUCUGGUCCUGAUGGGAAGCGAGAGAGCAACUUGAUCCAAGGAGUCGACCUCUCGAGGUAUUAGCCUCGGCUCGACCUGAACCGGGGCUCACCGACCCGCUCGGACUUUGCCAGUUGCACAGCAAGCUGAGAGAUUCCAGAAUUGUCGCGGAACUGAGCGAAGGAGGGGAGCCUGUCGGGCUGCCGACUGCCCAAGCAACAUUCCCCGCUGCGAGGAUGAAUCCAACAAGCGCCAAGUGCUACAACAUCGCUAUAUAAAUAACAAAAAAAAAACUUUUCACCGCGAACAGCCGGCAUGGCAAAAAAUACAUCCUUGUAUUUUCGUAUUAUCGAAGGAAGAAAUUUGCCGGCAAAGGACGUGUCUGGUACCAGCGAUCCUUACUGUUUGGUUAAGGUGGACAAUGAGGUGGUGGCCAGAACUGCUACAGUAUGGCGGGACUUAAAUCCAUUCUGGGGCGAAGAAUAUACUCUCCACCUCCCUAUGGGCUUCCACAACCUCUCGUUUUACGUUAUGGAUGAAGAUACCAUCGGGCAUGACGAUGUCAUUGGGAAGGUUUCUCUCGAUAAGGAGUACCUUGCUGCUCAUUUACGAGGUAUUGACAACUGGAUAAAUCUGACUCGAAUUAACCCAGAUGAGGAGAUUCAAGGAGAGAUACACCUGGGUUUAGAGAUUCUCCAAGAUCGGCAGACUAAGGUCCUUAAGUGCCAUCUAAUCGAAGCUAGAGAUCUUGCACCUAGAGAUAUCUCAGGCACUUCAGACCCAUUUGCAAGAGUGGUAUUUAACAGCAAAACUACAGAAACAGCCACUAUAAAGAAGACUCGUUUUCCUCACUGGAAUGAAGUGUUUGAGUUUGAACUGGAGGGUGACAAGCCAACGGAAGAAAUGACAUUCACUGUGGAAGUCUGGGAUUGGGAUAUGGUGGGGAAGAAUGACUUUCUGGGAAAGAUUGACUUUAAUUUGGAUGCACUUCAGAAGACUCAGAUAACCAGGGGCUGGUUUAGGCUGUUGCCUUUUGAAAAGAAGGAAGACGAUGCAGGUGGAAAAUUAGGAGCAUUACGAUUAAAAGUCAGAUUGGCAGAAGACCGGAUACUACCUUCAAUGUACUAUCAGCCACUAAUUGACAUCUUGGUGGAACCUGUAAUCUCUCCAUCUAAAAGUGAUGCAGCUGGCAUCCUGAGCGGAGGAACCACUCUGCCCAGGCCAUCGCAAGCUUAUGAUGCCAGCCUUGAAUCCGCAGACUCACUGAACUGGGUUGAGGACGUCACUCCUCUCACCAUGCUGGAAGAGGUCACCACCGUGGAGAGCAGGCAAGACAUGGCUGUGACUCUGGUGAAGCUGUUCCUUGGCCAGGGCCUCGUGGUACCAUUCCUUGACUACCUCAACAUGAGAGAAGUGUACAAGACAACUGACCCAAACACACUUUUCAGAUCAAAUUCCUUGGCCUCCAAGACAAUGGAACAGUUUAUGAAGUUGGUGGGAAUGCCAUACUUACAUGAAGUGCUGAGGCAAGUCGUUAACCGCAUUUUUGAUGAGAAGAAAUACAUCGAACUGGAUCCUUGUAAGAUAGACCUUAACAAAAUAAGGAGAAUCUCUUUCAAAGGGGGUCCCUCAGAAGCCAAUGUGCGGGAGUGCAGCCAGGAGAUGUUACAGUCCUACCUGACCGAUGUGAUGGAUGCCAUUGUGGGUUCGGUAGAGCAGUGCCCCUCUGUUAUGCGGGUGGUAUUCAAACAGUUACAUAAACGUGUGGAAGAGCAGUUUCCAGAAGCUGAGAAUGAGGAUGUAAAGUACUUGGCUAUUAGCGGUUUCCUGUUUCUGAGGUUCUUUGCUCCAGCUAUCUUAACACCAAAGCUCUUCAGUCUCCGAGAUCAUCACGCUGAUAAAAGAACUGGGAGGACGCUGCUGCUUUUGGCAAAGGCUGUGCAGAGUAUCGGUAACCUGGGCCUUCAGCUGGGACACGGUAAAGAGCUCUGGAUGACUCCCCUACACCCUUUCAUUUUACAGAGUGUUAGCUGUGUGAAGGACUUCCUUGAUAAGUUAAUAGACAUCGAUAAUGAAAAUGCUACUGACCUGCAGCAACGCCUGGGGUUCCGCCCGUCAGUAAUCAUUAAGGAAGGAUACCUGUACAAGAGGAAAGCUGAGGGUGUAAACCUUGUCACUCGCUUCACUUUCAAAAAGCGCUAUUUCUGGCUCAGCAGUGAAAGUCUGUCAUACGCCAAGUCUUCAGACUGGCAGGUGAGGUCGUCCAUCCCGAUCCAGCGCAUCUGUGCAGUCGAGCGAGUGGACGAAAAUGCCUUCCAGCAGCUCCACAUGAUGCAGAUCAUCACGCAGGACAGUGAGGCAAAGCCUCAUAUAAUGUACAUCCAAUGCAAGAACGUGAAUGAACUGAAUCAGUGGCUGUCAGCUAUCAGGAAAGCCAGUAUCUACAAUCAGCGAAUGCUUCCUUCCUUUCAUCCAGGCUCUUAUAGGAGCAACCGCUGGACGUGUUGUCUGCACACAGAUAGAACUGUGCAGGGAUGCAGCCGCACGCAUUCGGCCGUAACUCUCGGUGACUGGAGUGACCCUCUGGACCCCGACGUUGAGACCCAGACUGUUUACAAGCAGCUGUUGCAAGGCAGAGAAAAGCUGAAAAAGCAGUACCUUGAAUCUUUAGACUCAAACACAGCGAAGGAGCAGGAGGAAAAAAUAGACAGUGAUGGAAUUAAAGAGGCUGGCACAGACGAGAGGGGCUCCUCCCAUGAUCGAGGGAGGGCCGUGGUGACCAGGCUUCUGGACAUCAUACAAGACCUUGAACGUGCUCAUCAAGCUUUUGAAAGCAGAGAAAAAGAGAAGUGGGCCAACGAGAUGUCCAUUCCCUGAGUCAUUUCCUGUAAUUCGAUAUGAGACAUCAGUUUGUGUUCUAUGUGCGGUGUGCCACGGAUGAGUCUAGAGGUGCCGCGGAUCUAAAUGAGGCCAACUUGUACAAUUCAUCUCUUGGCCAUUUGAAAUACGUGCAUGCAGAGGCCUAUGAGUGACACUUGUUGGGUUGGGAUGGUCAUUAUCACAAACGAGUCAUAUCCGAAGCAACUUUUGGGGGAAAGGAGGAAGGAGAUUUCAACUAUUAUUAAUGUGAUGAGGCUGAGGGAAAGCACCUGCCGUGCACGAGCAGGAGAAGUUGUUUUGCUAACAAAGGAAGUCAGUGGUAAUAAAUGUCUGCAAAGUGAUUCAGUGCUAAGGUGGGGCCUGCUCCACUGACCCCAGCAUCAGCUUAACACAUCCCUCUACCGUUGUAAACGUGUUCAGUGGAACCACAGCACAGGGCAGUAUUAUUUUGUUGCCAGCUGGAGUCUGAGCCGUGAUCUGUUUUCUUUUGUCAGGAGCUUAUUAUUGCAGUGAAGUGAUGUCUUAGAGCCGCAGACGCCGUGGGGCAAACACGAUGAUCUGUGUUUUUCUUUUUAAUGAUUUAUGAACGAAUUGCAGAUUUGUUAGCUAGUCUACUUUCCGGAUAGUCUGCUUGUGGAUUGAUCGAAAUUUGCAUCAACCUGAGAUUCUCUUGUCCGUAGUUUUCAGGCUGCAUCUUACUGUACGGGUUACUGUGUUUGGAAGUAAUUACUAUUCCCUCAGAUCAAAAGCCUGGCCAGUUCCCUUUUAGUAAGAAAAAAAUAUAUUAAUGUAGUGUAUCAAUGAGGUUUUGAUCACUUGUGCUGUUUCUUCCUUUUGCUCGCUACACCACUGGCGUGCAGAGCAGCAAUGAAUGUCCCUUUAAGAUUCUUCAUUGCUGUUUCCGUAACAGUCUUGUUUUUUGCCAGACCUCAGUUGAACCCCUGACCCCGGAGGGCCAGUGGACCACUCUUGUUCUGGCCUCUACCCUUUGACCUGUCUGGUAUGGGUGACCCUGCCAAGAGCCAACUCCAGCCAACAUAGCUCUCCAAAACCCGACGACAAGGUUAUGGUCCUCUUGGAGGUGUGCUGUUUCUCACCUGCUACAAACCUGUAACAAAAAUCCCACAAAUAAGAUGUUUAGGAAGCUUUUGCAUUGGUUUAAAGAUCAAGGCACCAAAUGAGUGUAUCUUUAAAGUCAGCUUACAUGCAACCCUGUCUGCAUUUUAUUAUUGUCUUCCGUUAUAUCUAAUCUGACGACCAAUAAAAUGGGACAUUGCUUUUUGAUGACUAUCUAGAUACCUGAGUUUCACCAUGGGAGUUACUUUUGUAAAUUUAGCCAUAAAACCAGGAGCAUUUUAAUUUUUUCCUCAACAUUUUUAUGAACAACCUCAAAGCCAAACAUCACGAGGAUUCCAAUUCCCAUUCCCAUUCUGAUGUGCCAAGAUGAGGCCUCCCUCCGUGUGGAGGAGUAUUUUAUCUGGGUAGCCUCCAAACCUGAUAGAUCUUUUACAUCUUCUCACCUGCCCACUGCUUCUCUCUUGGUCCCCUCCCCUGUGCUGUUUAUAUUGGUUUGAAAGGAUUUGAACACAACAUUUUAGCACAAUUUUCCCUGUCCCCCUCCUUACAGAACAGAGCAAUUAGUCCAACACAACUGCUAAUGGAAAUGUGUAUUUAAAGUAUAAUGCUAAUUUAGUCCACCAUUAAAUACUGUUUAUGGCAAAGUGUUAUGAUAUAGUAAUCUGAAGUCUCCGUCGGUCAAGGUCGACCAUGGAUGUUGUGUCCUGGCUGUCUAGAUACAUGAGCCAGGGUAGUGCGAUAUGAAGAGCAAGCUGUGGCCAUGUUGCAAGCUCCCCCUCUCCACGAAUGGCAGGGAUUGAUACAGCAGUGUUGCAGAAAUUUCCUCCGGGCUUAGGAGCUGAGCCACACGUGAAGGCCAGGAGCUGGACUUGGUUGUCAGAGGCUAUUUGAGGCCCACGGCAUUGGGGGCAUUUAAUAGGUAGUGAGAACUUGUCCCCAUUAUCACCUCUAGCUAUAACAACCUUAGGGAACCAAUAUAAUAAUAGUGUUAUAAUAUGUUAUAGGAUGUACCAUAUUCUCCAUAUCCUAUAUAUAUACACACACACACACACACGCACUUAUGUAUAAUAUAUAUAUUCCUUCCCCCGCUGUGUUAAGCCUCUCCCUACACUGAAGUUCUUGAAAAGUCUUCAAUUUACUUCUAUCAUUCAUGUGCUACAUGGUUAUUAUAUAUUUAUAACAUAAUAUAUGCUAUAUUGUGAUAUGGUACUAGUACUAGGACCAGGUAAUGUCAACACCAACAUCUGGAGGUGCCCAGCUGUGCACCGGGAGCUGAAUCAAACCUGAAGCAAAGCUGGUAAAUCUCCAACCAGUUGAUUACUUUUUGUCAAAAUUACAAAUACAUUUAAGAACUGCCACUGCAUUGGGAUUAGAAUUUCCCCCUGUGUUAAGCCUCUCCCUGCACUACAGUUGUUGAAAACUUUUCAAUUUCCUUCUAUCGUUCACGUUUUGCAAGGGUCCACCAGGCUCUGUCUAUUCUGAGAUGUUUGGUUAAUGCAGCAUUAAAAAACCAUGAAGCAAGCACUGGCCACUGUGAGUUAGCCCAACUAAUUACUUCCACACCCAGCAAACCUCGCACUAAGUCAUGUUCUGUCAGACUAAGGAUAGUGGAAACAUCGAUCAGUUAGGGAAAAAAAAGCAGGAACCUCCUGCUUGAAAACAGCUUGGGGAGCAGGUGUGCAAUCUUCUUAACUUUUUUAAAAAAUUCAAGCUUAAACGCUGAGAAGCAUUCCUGAGCAGUUGCCAGUGUUGUACAUCGUGACGUGGUGACGCUUGCAGACAGUGGCCCGUGUCAGUGGACGAAGGGGGUGGGUGGAGAGGAGCACCGCAUGCGGUGAGAGAGGAUAAAGAUCCCAUGCCAUCACUGCUGUUUAAUUGCACUAAAGCCAUCAUUCUUGUGGCAUAUUUGGUACGUUGCUAUACAUUACCCUCAACAGCUCAGCUGAAGUGAAUUAAAUGCAAAGAUUUUACAGUGGUCUGUGUUCUGAAUGUAUUGUACAGUGUGAGGUUACAUCAAAUAUUGGUGCAUGCUACAAGAGUUAACAAAAACGUGCAUGAUUGUAUCAGAGUAAUUGGUCUAUGUAUUUUACAGUUGAAACUACUGUAUGUAGGUGAGGAUUCUGUUUAUAUGUACAUAUAUAUUUGCAUUCUGUAUACAUGCUGAGGUAGUGGAGUGGCCUGUGUAGAUCAAUAUUGCCUUACAUUUGAUUUUGUAAGCAUUUUCGAUAACUUGUCAACGUGACUUUUUUUUAAACACGCGUUCACUCUAUAGUGGGCAUCAAUAUUUGCAGUUCAUGAAUGUAUGAUGAUUUGUACUUAUUCUAUAAAGUGGUCUUGUGUGCUGAACACAAGUGUUUAUAUCGUUGCCGGUGGGUGACCUGCCUUGGCCAAGUGUCGUUUGCCAGGUUUUUAUUUGUAUAAGUGUUUUAUAAAAAAACAGCAAAUGAGCUUCUUUUUGCUGAGAAUCUUCAAAUGAAGUGUGUUUGCUUUCACUGUGAUAACUCUGUCUAAGGUCAGGCCCUGGAAUACACGGUGCUUUGCACUGCAUUCAUGUUAUGUACACUAAUGUGUAUUUCAAUUUUUAUCAUGGUAUCUAAAUGACAGUGUAAAAAUAAAGAUGUUAUCAGGCAUA